CCUGAGAACCUGCUCCUCGCCAGUAAGUGUAAAAACGCAGCCGUGAAGCUGGCUGAUUUCGGACUGGCCAUCGAGGUGCAGGGAGAGCAGCAGGCCUGGUUCGGAUUUGCUGGAACGCCGGGAUACCUGUCUCCUGAGGUGCUGCGGAAAGAAGCAUACGGAAAACCUGUGGAUAUCUGGGCAUGCGGUGAGUCCAAGAGCAGCGAAAACAAAGCUCAGCGAGACACGCUUCCACUAGAAGUCUUUCUCAGUGUCUUCAGUGUCAA